AUGCGGCUGCUAUCAUCUGAUCCUCAAACCCAGCUUAACUCUACAUGUACGUCACAGAGUUGCAGCUGGAAGCCUUACUCUCAUUCCAAUGACUUCUCUGCCAACGUCUCUCUCCUUCUCAUCAUCGUAUUCUCUUCUCUCAUCUGUGUCCUCUCUCUCCACGCUGCUCUCCGUUGUUGUCUUCGUCCAGCCCUCCAACGUGACCCUAAACCCGACCCUGACACUGACCCUGAGCCAUCCCGUUCGGAAGCUGCCUCGACGCUUGUCUACUCCCCUGGUCUGAACCUGGCAGGUGCUGAAGCAGAGUGUAUCAUUUGCUUGUCUGAAUUCCAGAACGGUGACACCCUCCGUGUGUUGGACAGAUGCAAACAUGGAUUCCAUGUCCACUGCAUUCAGCAGUGGUUCUCCUCCAACCCCUCCUGUCCCACUUGCCGCACAAACAUCUUCUCAUCACCAAUUGUAACUACUUAG